AUGAUGGCCUCAAUGAGUGCAGAAGAGCUGGCUGAACAGCCUUUCUCCUCACGCGUAUGGGCGAGCGUGGGCCGCGUCAGCAGCACGUACUUGAAUAGAUCUAUUUUAUAUCUGAAGACUCGUUGGCUUGCAUUUUUCGCAUGUCUUGCUUUCUACAUCGUUCGCGUGUAUCUGUUAGCUGGAUUUUUUGUAGUGAGCUACGGACUGGGCAUAUACCUGUUGAAUCUCCUCAUUGGCUUCAUCUCGCCACAGGUGGACCCGGAGACAGACGAGUAUGUUUUACCUGUCCGUGGAGGUGGUGGCGCGCAGGGUGAUGCAGGGGAAUUUCGCCCCUUCUUGCGCCAAGUCCCUGAGUUUAAAGCGUGGGUUUCGGGGAUGCGAGCUUUGCUUAUCGCUAUCGGCAUGACAUUUUUCCAAGUCUUCGACUUGCCUGUCUUCUGGCCCAUCCUGCUGAUCUACUUCAUACUCCUCUUUAUUCUUACCAUGAAGCAGCAAGUAAAGAGAAUGAUAAAGUACAAGUACCUUCCUUUCUCGUGGGGCAAGCAAACCUACGGCGACAUAACCCGCGGCGGCAACAGCGCAGGGCAGAACUACAGCCCUACCAAAGCAUCUGCCACCUCUACAGCUACGGCCCCUUCCUACGUGUCUCAUGAACACUUCGCAGCGACUUACGUCCUCCGAUGA